AUGUCCAAUCUUCGACAAAGGUCUCUAUUAGUCAUAAAGGAGAAUAAUGAGAGACCUCUAUUAAAGAAGGUCGCGGCAGUAGAUCUCUUUCCCAAGCCAAAAGAAGAUUACUCUCGUUCUCAGACGUAUCGUGGUGCUUUGGUGAGCCUGGUUACUGUGGUUGUAAUUGGAUUGCUUGUUUUUUGGGAAGUUUGCUCUUACAUUUUCGGGCGAGAUGCAUACACAACAGAGCUAAGUGUCGACACGAGUCUAUCAACGGAAGUUGAUUUUAAUCUGGACAUCACUUUUCCUAGAGUACCUUGCCAUGAAGUUUCAUUGGAUGUAUUGGAUGUAACGGGAACAGUUAAUCUCAAUGUGACUCGUAACCUUUUUAAAACCCCUGUAGACGCACAGGGAAAUUUUGCAUUUAUUGGCACUCGUCAGGGUGUUGGGGAAUAUGGCAGUUUUAGAGAACAAUCCAAAGAUGAUCCCAGUUCACCACAGUUCUGUGGAAGGUGUUUUAUUAAUGAGCAUCAAGUAUCCAUGAUGGAAAAUAAAAAUCGUUGCUGUAAUACAUGUAAUGACGUCCUGAAUGCGUAUGACCAACAGGGUUUACCAAGACCACAAAAAAAUGAGGUUGAACAAUGCAUCUACGAGUUGUCGCGUAUCAAUCCAGGGUGUAAUUACAAGGGGACCCUAAUAGUGAAGAAAUUUGGUGGAAGGCUUGUGUUUGCACCGAAACGAGUGCCUGGGGGAUUUUUAAUUAGAGACGUCAUGCGGUUUGAUUCAAGCCACAUUAUAAAUAAACUUUCUAUUGGUGAUGAACAUGUUACUCGCUUUUCUCGUCGUGGUGUUCAGCAUCCACUCAAUGGUCAUGAAUUUGACGCCCAACGAAGAUUUACUGAGAUCAGAUACUUUUUUGAAGGUUGUACCCAACAUGUAUCUCAGUGGUAA